GUUCCCUCAAUUCUCAAUGAAGCCAGCCGCCCAUGACUCCAUGAGCCAUGGCCGCCGCCCGCCGGAGAAGCGCCGGCGCCGGCGCGUCCCUGCACGACGGCAAGAGGCAGGCCACGGGGUCGCAGGCGGAGGCGAGUCUACGGGCGGGGACGGGGCGUGGGGCAGCCGGCAGGGGCACAGCCAAUCCCCCAGAUGGCGUCGCUACUGCGCCCCCUCUCUCUCUCUCCGUCCAUGCCCCUGUUCCGGCACCGGCUGCCGGCGGCGAGGCCGUUCGCUCCGCGUCCAGGGGCAAAGCAAGCACGUGGCGGCGAGUGAUCAGGGCACCGGAAGGCCCCUGCAUGCGACGCGCGUGGCAGUGGUGGACCCCAAAUCGCAGAGGGGAAGGAGAGGCGCCGGCAGGAACGACGGUCGACGGGAGAUGAGAUGCGAGAGCACCGGCGAGACACGCCGCUCAGAUCUUCGCCUGCCGCCGCCCAGACUUCUCUCUCGCAUUCCUCUUCUCUUCGAGAGUAGUAACACUGAACAUUCACACUUCGCAUCUUGUCUUGGCCGCUGAAACUCCUUACGGUUCUCAGCUAGAAUUCAUGCUCUGUUUCACACUCGAGUGCUGUAAAAAAAAGGAGUUCAGAAAUAUCUAGCCUCACAUGCAAUCAAUCAUCCCUGAGAACACCACACACGCGCUUGCAUUCACAGGCUCACAGCUCGCGUCUGAGUCUGACCUCUCCACUCCACCCAACCCCAGCCUGAGUUCCUCAUCCUCUCAGAGUUCUUGUCUCUCGCAUUCCUCCCACAGAUACAGAGUUGAGUUCCACUGCACACUCACCACUUAUUUGACGUCUGCGCGCUCCCACAGGUACUGUGUGUAGCUAGAGUCUUUGUCAUCUCCAACGCUUUCUCAACUGAGAAUGGAGACGAUCGCCAUCAGCGCGGCAAGCUGGGCGGUCGGAAAAGCCUUGGGCCCUGUCUCCGAUGGCCUGCUGGAGUCUUGGGCAGCCUCUUCAAGUCUAGGACCCAACAUACGCGCCCUCAAGCUGGAGCUCCUGUACGCACAGGGGAUGCUGAAUAAUGCCCGUGGCAGGGAGAUCCGCAACCCCGCGCUGGGGCAGCUCUUGCUGGAGCUCGGCCACCAAGCGUACGAUGCCGACGACGUGCUGGACGAGCUGGAGUACUUCCGUGUGCAGGACGAGCUUGAUGGGACCUACGAGACCACUGAUGCCGACACCAGGGGUCUCGUCGGGGGCCUCGUCCUCAACACUCGCCAUACGGCUAAGGCCGUUGUCUGUAAGCUCAAGCUACCCUCAUGCUCCUGUGCUUCUGUGGUGUGCCAGCAUAUUAGAAAGCCAAAGCUCAAGUUUGACCGAGUGGCAAUCUCCAAAAGGAUGGUGGAAAUAGUUGAACAGCUUAAGCCGUUAUGUGCCAAGGUCUCUACAAUUCUUGAUCUAGAGCUGCAGCGAACAAUAGCCUCCACUGGCAGCUCAAUCCAUCAAGGCACUGCUUUCAGUCAAACCACCAGAAAUACGACCCCACAGAUUAUAGAGCCAAAGUUAUAUGGGAGGGAUGAACUGAAAAAUGAUAUCAUAGAUAGAAUAACAUCUAAAUAUUGUGCCAAUGACGAUCUCACUGUGCUCUCAAUAGUUGGUCCAGGGGGUCUUGGGAAGACAACAUUCACACAACACAUAAAUGAAGACGUGAAGAGCCACUUCCAUGUCCGGGUAUGGGUAUGCAUCUCUCAGAAUUUCAGUGCAAGUAGGUUGGCACAAGAAAUCGCAAAACAAAUCCCAAAACUUGACAAUGAAAAGGAGAAUGAAAGUGCUGAAGAUCUGAUAGAGAAAAGGUUGCAGUCCAAACAGUUCUUGCUUGUUUUGGAUGACAUGUGGACAUAUCACGAAGAUGAAUGGAAAAAACUGCUAGCGCCAUUUAAGAAAGUACAAACAAAGGGUAACAUGGUAAUAGUGACAACAAGAAUUCCGAAGGUGGCACAAAUGGUUACAACAAUAGGCUGUCCAAUAAGAUUAGAACGUUUAAGUGAUGAAGAAUGCAUGUGUUUCUUCCAAGAAUGUGUGUUUGGUGAUCAACAAACAUGGGAAGGGCAUACUAAUUUGCAUUAUUAUGGGUGCAAAAUAGUGAAGAGAUUGAAAGGUUUCCCUCUUGCAGUAAAAACCGUUGGUAGAUUGCUAAAAGCUGAACUUACUGCGGACCACUGGAGAAGAGUAUAUGAGAGUAAAGAGUGGGAAUAUCAGGUCAAUGAGGAUGAUAUUAUGCCAGCACUAAAGCUUAGCUAUAACUAUCUUCCUUUCCAUCUGCAACAAUGUUUUGCCCACUGUGCCUUGUUCCCUGAAGAUUAUGAAUUUGGAAGGGAAGAGUUAAUCCACUUGUGGAUAGGACUGGGGUUGUUAGGCCUCGAUGAUCAAAACAAGAGAAUUGAAGAUACUGGACUAGGUUACUUAAGUGAUUUGGUUAGUCACGGAUUCUUGCAGGAAGAAAAAAAACAGGAUGGCCACACUUAUUAUGUUAUACAUGACCUGCUCCAUGACUUGGCAAGAAAUGUUUCAGCACAUGAAUGUCUUAGCAUACAAGGGCCUAAUAUGUGGAAAAUACAAAUUCCUGCAUCUAUACGUCACAUGUCCAUCAUCAUAAAUAAUGGAGAUGUCCAGGACAAAACAUCCUUUGAAAAUCGUAAGAGAGGCCUUGAUACACUUGGUAAAAGAUUGAACACUGGAAAACUACGUACUUUGAUGUUAUUUGGAGAUCACCAUGGAAGCUUUUGCAAGGUAUUUAGUGAUAUGUUUGAGGAAGCAAAAGGCCUUCGUGUCAUUUUCUUAUCUGGAGCAUCUUAUGAUGUGGAGGAACUGUUGCCCAGAUUUUUACAACUUGUCCAUCUUCGUUACCUAAGGAUGAAGGGUUAUGUAUUAAAUGGAAGAAAUCUAUUUGCCAGGAUGUCAAGAUUCUAUAACUUAUUGGUCCUAGAUUUGAAAGAAUGCUACAUUUUUAGUUCUACAAAUACAGAAGACAUCUGUGCUUCUACAAGAGAUAUGAGCAACCUAGUGAAAAUUCGUCAUUUUCUUGUGCCAAUAAGUUCUUAUCAUUAUGGAAUUUUCGAGGUUGGGAAGCUUAAAUCUAUACAAGAGCUAAGUAGGUUUGAGGUCAAAAGAGAAAAACAUGGUUUUGAAUGGAUUCAAUUAGGGCAAUUGGAACAGCUCCAAGGGUCAUUGAAGAUUCAUAAUCUUGAAAAGGUUGAUGGUUCAGCAGAAAUUGAAGAAUUUAAAUUAGUCCAGUUGCACAACUUAAAUCGCUUAAUAUUGGGUUGGGAUAAAAACCGGCCUAAUAGGGAUCCAGAAAUGGAACAAAAUGUUCUUGAAUGCCUUAAACCACACAGUAAUCUUCGAGAGUUGUGCAUUAGAGGACAUGGAGGUUACACAUACCCUACUUGGCUAUGUACUGACCACACUGGUAAGAAUUUGGAAUGCCUUUCUCUCAAAGAUGUAGCCUGGAAAAGUCUUCCACCUAUGUUGGGAGAGUUGUUGAUGGUUGGCGAAGAGCGCCCAAGUGUCGCAGGCCAAAUCUUUCAGAAUCUAAAAAGGCUAGAACUUGUCAACAUAGCAACUCUGAAAAAAUGGAGUGCAAAUAGCCCUUUCUCUAAACUAGAGGUACUCACUAUUAAGGGUUGUUCUGAACUUACAGAGCUGCCAUUUCCGCACAUGUUUCCCAGCCUACAAGAGAUAUAUAUUUCAAAAUGUGAGGAACUAGUUUCAGUGCCCCCAAUUCCCUGGAGUAGUUCUCUGUCCAAAGCUGAACUGAUAACAGUGGGUGCUAGUAUUCAGUACAUAGAUUACCGGAAAACUGAUCAGAAAAUUCAUGUACAGUUCAAAAAGGAUGCUCUUGAUCGUGAACUCUGGGAUGUAUUGGCCUUUACUAAUCUGAGUGAAAUAAGGGAGUUCAGGAUCAGUGAAUGCCCACUUGUGCCUCUACAUCACCUGAAAGUGCUAAACUCUCUGAAGACCCUGCAUAUAAGUGACUGUACUAGUGUCCUGUGGCCAACUGAAGGUGAGAAUGAUUCCCCAUUCGAGUUCCCAGUUGAACAGCUCCAGAUAUCAGAUUGUGGUGCCACUGUGAAGGAAUUGUUACAGCUAAUCUCUUAUUUCCCUAACCUCUCAACGUUGGUACUAUGGAAGAGAGAUAACAAGCAGACAGGAGGAGCAGAGGAAACAGAAGCUGCAGCAGGAGGACAGCUGCCUUUGCCCCUCCAAUUAAAGGAGUUGCUCCAAAAUCAGAGCUCCCUGAGAAAUCUGGCUAUAGGGGAUUGCCUCAUGCUUCUAUCCUCCAGUUCGAUCCCCUCUUUUUACUGCCCUUUCCCGACCUCUCUGCAGUACCUCAAUCUUUGUGGUGUGAAGGAUGCCAUGCUUACACUGGUUCCUCUCACAAAUCUGACCAAAUUGGACCUAUAUGAUUGUGGAGGUCUAAGAUCAGAGGACCUAUGGCAUCUCCUUGCCCAAGGUCGUCUCAAGGAAUUAGAAAUCUGGAGAGCGCACAACUUACUUGAUGUCCCAAAGCCUUCACAGAUGUGCGAACAAGAUCUUCCCCAGCAUAGCUCCAGGUUGCCGGCGCUCGAAACGGAUGGGGAAGCAGGAGGCGCCGUUUCUGUGCCCAUUGGUGGCCAGUUCUCUUCCUCUCUCACCGAGCUAGAUCUUGGUGGGAAUGACGACUUGGAGCACUUCACAAUGGAGCAAUCGGAGGCCCUGCAGAUGCUCACCUCCCUCCAGGUUCUUCGAAUUCUGGGGUACUCUAGGCUGCAGUCCCUGCCAGAAGGGUUAAGUGGGCUUCCCAACCUCAAGAGAUUAGUGAUCUGGUUGUGUGACUCCUUCCGGUCGCUACCGAAGGGCGGCCUUCCAAGUUCACUGGUGGAACUACAUAUCUCGUUCUGUAAGGUCAUCCGGUCGCUGCCCAAGGGUACCCUCCCAAGUUCGCUGACAGAACUACACAUAAAUGGUUGUGGUGCCUUCCGGUUGCUACCAAAGGGAAGCCUUCCAAGUUCACUGAAGAUAUUACGGAUCCGCGGCUGUCCUGCUAUCAGGUCGCUGCAUGAGGGCAGCCUCCCGAAUUCACUUCAAAUGCUAGAUGUCACAGAUAGCAACGAGAAGCUACAGAAGCAGUGCCAGAAGCUGCAAGGAACAAUACCCAUAGUUAAGUUCUGAGGCUACUAAUCUAAGGGCAUUCUUGACGAUGCAAUCUCCCGUGAUAUCUGCUUGUGACCCUGGCAUGAAGAACUUUACAAAAUGCAUAAGUUGGGAUAAUGGAAAGCCAUAUAUCAAUGCUGUUACAUCAGCAUCGAGAUUUUAAAUGAUGUACCAUUGUCGGUUGGAUUGGAUGAUGUAUACCUCCAGCUGCUGGGAGGUCAUCAGCGCUGGAACACUGUCACAGCUGCUUGCGCAGGUCUUUGUCUCCGUACUAGUCAAGUUAACGAUGGGAUAUCUCUGACGUUUCGAUCCAAGCCGACUUAGAGGAGACCCAACUUCCUGGGAGGAUGGCACAUCCACUGUAUGUACUCAUCCAUCGGUGGAGGUUAACCUCUGCUGUAACCUGCUCAUGACAUAUCCUUCCGACCUUCCCUUUCAGUAGGACCAGUCAGUCGCUGAUGCUUGAACUAUGUCCCAGCCCAUACUUACUAGCACUAAGUCAUCUGCAAAGGCAUUAUCAGAUGUGAUACAAACUGUGAGACAGACCAGAAGGGCCUCUAGCGCUUGUUGUUGGAAUGGCUAAUGACAAGGAGCAUCUUUUGUGUUUGCUGAGCAGCUUGUCUCAGGUUAAACGCCUGACAUCAUGCUACUGAUGGAAACGAGCAUCGCCAUGGCAUCGCCGCUUGCCAGAGCAACCACCCGCGCGAGGAAGACUCAACUUCCUCGGAGGAGCCAGUUUCUGACAGCAGAGGAAGCGUCAGUACUCAAUCGGGGCGCAUCCACUGUACUCGUGGAUGGAGCACAUAUGGGGGCAUCUGCAGAGGCCGUAGACGUAUAGAAGUCAAAGAAACCGUCAGACCAUAACAGGCUUCCAGCGCUUGUUGUCAGCAUGGAUAUUGACAAGGAGCAUCUUGCGAUUGCUAGCAGCUUCACUCAGGUGGAAUGCCUGCCUGAUGCCGUGCUACUGACGGAGGCGAGCAUCGCAUUGCAUCCCUAGAGGAACCUCCUGCGCGACGCCAGCAACCUCGUCCCUGAAAGAAUCAUGGAUAGCCGCAGCACGCGGCCAGGUGCAUCGAGUGUGUGGACAUCCAUCGGCGGCAUCUCUCAGCGGCGCUGAAACCCCAGAGCGCAUUAACAGGUUGGCCAGUUUGGCCGGUCCAUCGCUCAGCAAGGAAGGCCUUGUGUCAGGAAUAGGAGAGCAAGGAGAUGCGUACUGUUGGGCGUCCGACAAUGGGAGUUCGCGAGCAUACAAGACUAGAAGUGGCUGUUGCAGGGCCGGCGCGCUCGCCUUGUCUGCGUCGCCGGCCGGCUACAUCCCUUCGUCUUGCCGCUGCCAGUACUGCAACAGCUGGGGCGCCGGCGUUGAGGAAGAGGGGCCGGGCAUUUCGUUUUCACGCCAUUCAUACAGAGACACUGGUUGAUGAGUGCAAAGUGGAAGUUGCACUGAGACUGAGGUAGGCGGUAGUAGGGAGUGGUGGGUGGCUGGGUGCUAAUGCUGAAGCUGUACCAGCCGGCUCUCGAAUGCCUCUCUUUCCCUUGAUGGAUGGAUAGAUUCUGAGAUGGAUCUUUCGGCGUUACUGUGGUGUGUGGUGUGCAUCUUUUGAUGGUCAACUGCAUGUGACACACGCGUGGACGGCAGGCAAGCAUGGCAGGCAUCGUCUCUGCUGAUGGGAUCGGCAUAGCCUCAUCCUGGGGUUCGCAGGUCGUGUGUGGGGCGGCAGCACAGCAGCCCGCUGUUUUGUACUCCUACAAGACUGCUGGCUUUUGAGGCGCUACUUCUGCAAAAUAUCUCUCUCAGUAUCUCACCUCCUUUCUCUCAUUUUUUUUGUUUUUUGUAAAGACGACAAAAAUAAAGUUGUGCCUGUAAAUUUUAUUAGACAUAGAAAUUUUAUUAGUUCCAAGCCAAUUUGCUGACACUCCAUCCAUCCAGUUUCAUUGAAGUGACAUUUUUCCAGUGUUAAUAGCAUGUAAAAUUUGUUUCCUUACUUGAAGCUUGCUAAUGAAUGGGGCUAAAAUAUUAGAAGGCUGAACAUUUGAAACUCUCUCUCUCUCUCUCUCUCUGGUUAUGUUAGGAGCGUCAGUCAGUCACUGAGCCAUACUGAUAUGACGUUGUAGCUUGUUUCAUUAUUUAGAUAUAUCUGGCUGCUGCCCCCUUUUUGACCUUUUAAAUAGCCAUGCCCAUACAAUAUUACAGUACAUAAUUAUACAAAUAGGUCUUAAUGUUGGAAGCCUCUAUGAAACAUACUGAUUUUUCUGAUAAUAUAAAAUGAACACUCAUAACUGAAUUUGAAGAUAAUGAAAAUAUAGAUAUUUUACAAUUUUUGAAAAUGAAUAGUAUUUGCUUCUCUGUCAAUGUGGUGACAUUAGGAUACAUAGAGAUUAAUAUUAUGUCCGUGACAUUAUGCAAAUAAGUGACUUCAAUUAUUCAAUUUGUCUUCUGUUUUAGGAAAGGGAUUGUUCUGAACUAUGGAUGUUCUUUGUACCAAGUGAGUAGCGAUGCUGCAACUGGUAGAGGUGCAGUCAUUUCAUAGUUCCAUUGCAGUUGCAGCAGCAUCAAUGAGCCUAGAAACUGGCAUGGUCUUAAGUCAUGUUCAAGAUACUGGGGUUCAAAAGGGAGAAAAACACCUUUGCACGGACAAGUUUAGAUGCCACGUUGCUCCAAAGAUAGACUUGAAAAGAAGUUCAGUAAAACAUGUUUUACUUGAGCCGCAGCUGUGGAAAAACUUGUGUACUGUGCUAGAAGAACAUCACGUUUGAGAGAGACUUUUUUAGUUUGUGUUGCCAUUGUUCAGCAGCGUGCAAAAUGGAUUGACUGUUUCAGGAUUCAACGGCAUGACCUUAUGUUGGUGAAGUGGUUAACUCCUGUUAGCUCAAGGUUACAUUCGUGGUUAUGUUUGGUCGUGCAAGGGUUUUAUUAUGAUGGUUUUCAGAUCUAAUAUUAUCUGUAGAUAUUGUAAAGAGUACAUGGUAUUCAUCAUCCUCAUGUAAUGGAAAGUUUGGCAGUGGACCGUGAUGGUCCCAUGGUUUUUUACUCCUCAUUUUGAGAGUUUUUCCACAUAAAAGCAUUAUCAAAAGUGUGGACAUUGUGUUGUUUUCUUAAACUUCCUUGCUCUUAUAAUUUUCCUGCCCCAUUUGCUACAGGUACAGGAAGUGGGGCUCAAACAAAACGAGCACUUGGACCUUCACUAGUCUACUCUAAACGCGCCAAUUCGCACCAGGCAGCGCCGCUCCUCUCCCCGGAUCUGUAGCAGUAUGGAGCUGCCGGCCGACGUCGUCGAAGAGAUCCUCCUCCGCCUCCCACCGGCCGAUCCCGUGAGCCUCGUCCGCGCCGCGCUCGUCUGCAAGCCCUGGUGCCGCAUCGUCUGUGCCCGCAGCUUCCGCCGCCGGUUCAAGGAGUUACACCGCACAGCACCACUGCUCGGCUUCCUCUGCAACCCCUUGUUCGCCCGGUUCGUCCCCACCUCCUCUUUCCGCCGCCGGUCCGCGACUGCGUCGUCCUCGACGCCCGCCACGGCCUCGUCGUCCUCCACUUCGUCCUGGGUGACGACGAGGUGGACGCCCUCGUCAUCUGGGACCCGACAACGGGCGAGCGGUGGGAGAUACCAGUCCUGGACGAAUGUGAACGGGACGAGUGGUACGCGACUGUGCUCCGCGAGCCCACGGCCGAUGGUACAGCCUUCGUCGUCGUUCGCUUUGUCACCAAGUACUACAGCUGCAGCCAGGGCCAGCGCUGGUCCUUGCGCGUCUACUCAUCGGCGGCAUCCUGCUGGAGCGAGCCGACUCUGGUCCCCAUGUGCAGCGUCGAUCUAGUGCCCACUGCCCUUGUGGGGAACACACUCUACUUCUCGAUUGAUAAUGGCAGUAGGGUCCUUGGUUUUGAUUUGGUCACAAGGGAGACAUCUGUGAUUCACUUACCUCGAGCCUCCAAUUGUGCUAUUGCGCUCAUGGAGAUGGAGGGUGGUGGGCUGGGAUUUGCAAGAGUGGAUAUGGCCGCCAGACUCUUGCUCUGGUCAAUGGAGGUGAAUCCAAACGGAGGCGUGGGAUGGACACGGACUAGAGUCAUUGAGCUUCAGAAGUUGCUUCCAGUCGAUGCCGGCUCCAUCAUAUGGCUUCCUUGGCUUUGUGCAUGGUGUUGAUGUCUUUUUCGUGGGAAUGAAUGAUGGUGUGCUAUUCAGUUUUGAUCUAAAGUCUGGUCGGGUGCGGAAGGUAUACAAGGGGGAAUGUGAUGAAGAUGGCUUGCUUGGUCGUGUUCCCUGUGUUGUUCCCUACACGAGCUUCUGCACUCCAGCACUGAGAUUAGUCGCUACAGAAGAGGAACCAGAAGCUAUUGCUGCAAGUCCAUGAAAUACAAAACUCAAACCUGAUGAAGCAAGGCCUUCAAAAUCAAGAUGAAAGUGUGCUAUAAGUGGGGCUUAACACUUUGGUUCCAGUGGGUAUGAAUAUCGAAGAAAAUAUCGAAACUACCUUUUCCAUUUGUGUGAAGGUAGUUAACUCCUGGAAUUAAUUGCUUUUUAUUUUGCACAAGUUUUUGAUACAGUGAUCGAGUGGAUCGCUGGCGUGCCCUCUUCUGCAGGGAUAACAAGUGUAACCUCUUUCUUUUGAAGCCACGUCCAUGUAUAACAUCUACGAGGUUACUGGGAGCAAUACUUUAAUUUGUUUGUUGGGAAAGAAAUGAAACCUAAUUCGAGUGAGCACUGGUCACCAAUGAGCAAUUGAGCAUGUUGAAAUUCUGUGGAAAGUAGAUUGUCUUUUGUGAGAAGUCAACAGUCAACACAUUAUGUUCGCCGAGGUGUAAGCUUGUUAAUUGCAUACAUUGCACUCUGAAAGUUAAACUGAAUAUUUCUAGCUGGUUAUUGUAUUGUAGAGAUUUCUUCU